AUGAGAUUCAAAGAUUUCUUCUGUUGUUUCAGGUGUCAGAAGGAGCCUGAAGAGGACGAAAAUAAUCUUGUUGAGCUUGGGGAAGAAAAUGGCAUUGAGCUGGACGUAGAAAAUGUGAUUGAGCUGGAGAAAGAAAAUGAACCUGAAGAGGACGAAGAUAAUGUUGAUGAGCUCGGGGAAGAAAAUUGCAUUGAGUUGGACGUAGAAAAUGUGAUUGAGCUGGAGAAAGAAAUUGAGCCUGAAGACGACGAGGAUAAUGUUGAAGAGCUCGGGGAAGAAAAUGGCAUCGAGUUAGACGUGGAAAAUGUGAUUGAGGUGGAGAAAGAAAAUGUGCCUGAAGACGACGAGGAUAAUGUUGAUGAGCUGGAGGAAGGAAAUGACGCAAAUGAAUACAGUAUUCGGCCAAGAAAGAAGGACGAAGUGUUGGGCUGGCAACCUUCACUCGACGAUAUUGAAGAAGAAAACGCAAUCGAAUGCAUCUCGAUCGAAGAGAUCUUCGAAGAAGAACAGGAAAACCAAAUUGUUGAAUUAAAGAACAGGAAUGACGAUGAGGGCGAGCCGAAAGAGGACGGGGAUAAUGUUGAUGAUCUGGAGGAAGAAAAUGACGCAAAUGAAUACAGUAUUCGGCCAAGAAAGAAGGACGAAGUGUUGGGCUGGCAACCUUCACUCGACGAUAUUGAAGAAGAAAACACAAUCGAAUGCAUCUCGAUCGAAGAGAUCUUCGAAGAAGAACAGGAAAACCAAAUUGUUGAGUUAAAGAACAGGAAUGACGAUGAGGGCGAGCCGAAAGAGGACGGGGAUAAUGUUGAUGAUCUGGAGGAAGAAAAUGACGCAAAUGAAUACAGUAUUCGGCCAAGAAAGAAGGACGAAGUGUUGGGCUGGCAACCUUCACUCGACGAUAUUGAAGAAGAAAACGCAAUCGAAUGCAUCUCGAUUGAAGAGAUUUUAGAAGAAGAACAGGAAAACGAAUUUGCGAACGUACAGAACAGGAAUGAGGAUGACGGCGUCCAUAUUACGGUUUUUGGACAUUUAACAUACUUUCUUUUUUUGUGUCAGAAGGAGCCUGAAGAGGACGAAAAUAAUCUUGUUGAGCUUGGGGAAGAAAAUGGCGUUGAGCCGGACGUAGAAAAUGUGAUUGAGCUGGAGAAAGAAAAUGAACCUGAAGAGGACGAAGAUAAUGUUGAUGAGCUCGGGGAAGAAAAUUGCAUUGAGUUGGACGUAGAAAAUGUGAUUGAGCUGGAGAAAGAAAUUGAGCCUGAAGACGACGAGGAUAAUGUUGAAGAGCUCGGGGAAGAAAAUGGCAUCGAGUUAGACGUGGAAAAUGUGAUUGAGGUGGAGAAAGAAAAUGUGCCUGAAGACGACGAGGAUAAUGUUGAUGAGCUGGAGGAAGGAAAUGACGCAAAUGAAUACAGUAUUCGGCCAAGAAAGAAGGACGAAGUGUUGGGCUGGCAACCUUCACUCGACGAUAUUGAAGAAGAAAACGCAAUCGAAUGCAUCUCGAUCGAAGAGAUCUUCGAAGAAGAACAGGAAAACCAAAUUGUUGAAUUAAAGAACAGGAAUGACGAUGAGGGCGAGCCGAAAGAGGACGGGGAUAAUGUUGAUGAUCUGGAGGAAGAAAAUGACGCAAAUGAAUACAGUAUUCGGCCAAGAAAGAAGGACGAAGUGUUGGACUGGCAACCUUCACUCGACGAUAUUGAAGAAGAAAACACAAUCGAAUGCAUCUCGAUCGAAGAGAUCUUCGAAGAAGAACAGGAAAACCAAAUUGUUGAAUUAAAGAACAGGAAUGACGAUGAGGGCGAGCCGAAAGAGGACGGGGAUAAUGUUGAUGAUCUGGAGGAAGAAAAUGACGCAAAUGAAUACAGUAUUCGGCCAAGAAAGAAGGACGAAGUGUUGGGCUGGCAACCUUCACUCGACGAUAUUGAAGAAGAAAACGCAAUCGAAUGCAUCUCGAUCGAAGAGAUCUUCGAAGAAGAACAGGAAAACCAAAUUGUUGAAUUACAGAACAGAACGAUCGAAGAGAUCUUCGAAGAAGAACAGGAAAACCAAAUUGUUGAAUUACAGAAUCGAAUGCAUCUCGAUUGA